AUGACUCGAACAAGUUCGCCGCCUAGUCGUGGGAUGGUAGUCUUUUCAGUAUCCUUUUAUAUCAUCACGGCUACUACAAUGAUAUUUGUGAACAAGGUUCAAAGACAAGUGUGCGUAGGACUAUUCCCUCUUAUCAUUGUCAACGUCUUGGGACUUAGCUUUAAUACAGCAUGUUUACAGUAUGUAGAUGCAAGCUUUUAUCAGGUUCGAUUCUUUUUCUCGAUAGCUAUUGUUUUCUUUUCUUACAUAUUCCUUAAGCAAAGAUCGUCCGCAAUGGUUCUUUUAGCCUGCUCUGUUGUCUGCACUGGCUUUUUUAUUGGUGUAUCAUCAGAGCAUCUAACUAUUUCUAUGGUUGGAAUCACCUUCGGCGUCCUGUCAUCCAUUUCCACAGCAUUACACGCGAUUAUCAUAAAGAAAAGUUUGGAUAUUGUCCAAGGAAACACUAUGGAACUUGUUUACUAUAAUAACCUUCUCAGCGUUAUUGCGUUUACUCCAUUGAUCUUUCUCUUCGGCGAGCAAACGGAAAUCACAAAGUUAAUAUCUGAAUCUGAUCAAAAUAAUUCUUUGCUCAGAACUUUUGUCAUCGGUAUAUUCGUGACGGGAUUUUUUGGAUUUCUUAUAAAUAUUGCUGGAUUUUUCCAAAUAAAAGUCACUUCUCCGGUGACACACAUGAUAUCAUCUGCGUUUCGCGGUGUUUUACAGACAAUGUUGGGUGCAUUUAUAUUCGAAGAUGUUUUAACUAGUGGUCGUGUUGGUAGCAUCAUCCUAAUUCUCGCAGGAAGCUGUUACUAUACAUGGAUCAAAGAUCAAGAAAACAGAAACGCCUUAACCGAUACAAAAAUAUACAGUAAACUAGAGAAUGGUCAGAUCGAAGAUGAUGAUAAAAUGGA